GCUAAAUUUUUGCUUGUAAUAAAUUAAAAGCCUACCACGAAAAUUUCUGAAUACGGCUCUUUUGAAAAUGUUCAGGGUAGUACCAUCAGCAGUGAAAAAUUAUUACGGCCGACCGCAAAGCUGCUUACGUCAAUCUCAAAUAUUCCUGGUUACGACUAGCGAGAAGCUGUUGAGGGGUGUAAGAACGACUUGAGGAAUUUUUCAGGGCUUCAUUCAAGUUGCUUGUAGAGUCAAGACGCAUCCGUAAAAAUUUUCAAUUUUGAUAGUGAAAGUGUCCAAAACAUAAAAAACAUUAGUUUAAGAUUUACUAAUUUCUCUUAGGGGAAAUUUGGGUAAUAAAGCACAUGCGGAUAAAAUUGCACGCUAUUCUUAUUUGAACUACGCGCAAUUUCAAACAUCUUCCAAAAAAAUUUCACAACCUAGCCUCUCUGAAAGCAUUCCGAUUGACUAUGGGGAGGCUCACCCGCUGAGGAUAUCUGCUCUUCAACUUCGACUUGAGAAAACUCCUACUCCGCCACUUGAACACAAUAUCCAAGAAGAGGCAGACGCGGAGAAGAACAAAACGUACGAGGACAACAGAAAAUACAUUUCACUGGAAGUGAUUAAUGCACUGCCAAGAGCACAGGCAACAAAAAAUAAAAGAAAACGCAGAAGUCAGGGACCACUGGUUUUAAAUUCAACUCCAAACAUGGAAGAGCUCCUUUGAGCAGAAGAAAAAAAAAUUUGGAAGACCGCAGAUCUAUUAGGAAACGAAAAGCAACGAAAAACCUUAAGAAGAUUCUUCUUGAGCCUGACACCGAAGACGAGGAUCCGUUUGCAAAUGAGGAUAAUGAUGAUGAAGCAUCUUGUUUGUAUUGCAACAAAUUUUUGGUCUAAGCCAAAGGAAACCUGGGUUUGUUGUCAAAUCUGCCAAAUGUGGUGCCACACGGAUUAUGCUGGAGUUCCCUCCAAAAUCAAGAUUUUUAUAUGUGAACUUUGUGUAUAAAUAUAAGGUGUAUGCCAUAUUAUCCAAUCUAUUGAAUAAAAUGGCCUACCUUCACCUGUAAUAUAAAACUACACUUUAAACCUUUCCUUUUGAAAAUCUACCUAAUAUUGUUGUUUCUAUUCAUAGAUUAAUAAACAUGGUAGGCUCUGUAUUUUUUUCAAUUUGGAACCUGCGUAUUUAAGAAAGUGUGCCAUUUUACCCAAAUUUCCCCUACGUAAUUUUAAUAUUCAGCUAUAUUUUGAGAUUGUUUCUUUACAAAUCUGCAUUAUCACUUUAAUAUAAAAUUAAUAUACAAAUUCCCAAAUUUUUGCCUGUAAUAAAUUAAAAGCCUACCACGAAAAUUCCUGAAUACGGCUCUUUUGUAAAUCUUCAGUGUAGCACCACCAGCAGUGAAAAAUUAUUACGGCCGACCGCAAGGCUGCUUAACCCUCAAUAAAGCUUUGCAUACGUCAAUCCCAAAUAUUCUUGGUUACGACUAUACAAUGGCCAGUACUUACUUCGGGGUAGCACACGUGCGAAAUGUUGAAAGGUUUUCUCGUAAAGAAAAAAAGAAUGUUGCAGUGAGUCGUCCAGACGUAGUUGCACAAUACAACAAAAAUAUGGGUGGAACAGACUUGAUGGAUGGAAACAUUUCAUAUUACCCCAUCGGAAUAAGGUCCAAAAAAUGGUAUUGGUCUAUCUUUUUACGUAUAUGGUCGACGCAGCGAUCCAAAAUGCGUGGACGUUAUACUAUAGAAAGAGUGGCCGCAACAUAAGCCAGGUAGAAUUUAGAAGAAACAUAGUUCAGGCAUAGAGGAAAUAUAAUAUUUCAUCUAUGGUUCAGGCAUAGACAUAUUUGACCAACUUUAAAAACCCUCCAAAAGCUCCUGGACGAGUUCUUGUAGCAGCAGGAAGCGAUUUUCGCGUUAGCGGUGACGUUAGAUUUGACGGUCUAAAACACUUUGUGGCACCCAUCCCGGGAAAAAAAAAAAGAAGAUGCGCUGGCCAAAGCUGCACAAGUAGAGGCAGAACAAUGUGCUGUAAAUGUAAUGUAGGACUUUGUGUAGAAUGCUUUCGUAACUUUCACACAAAGUAGAAGUGUAUUUAUAAUUUUUUAAGUAGCUAUAGUACAGGCGCCUAGUGGUCCCAUAUGGGAACAGCCCCUUUGCGUAUAUACUUCUUAAUAAAAAAAAUUAUAUUGCUUUUUUUAUGGUUGUCCUACAUUUAAGAAUUUUAUAUUUUACCUUUUAUUGUAAUAUUUCGUUUUUAAGUUUUACCUUUUUUUUCUUUCUUUUUCAUUCAUGAUUAAAAUUUUAGGCUCUGCAAAAAUUUUUUUUUUAGGUGGAAGGUGUUGUGUAGUAAAGCCCACUUUCGCAGAGCAGGUAGUUAGGGAUAAGGGAUGACUACCCAAGAAACAGUCAGUUGGAAAAUGUACAGUGAACCGAAAGUAUAAAAUAGUUGGGCUGACGCUGGUGUUUCAUUUUCACACAAUCAUUUCAAUUUAAGGAGUAGGGUUUGACAUCAAAUCCCAAAAUAACUCCAUAACAGCUGUAAAAUUUUUAUCAGUAAAGAUAGGACACGAGUUUUUUAUUUUUUAUUAUACAAAUCCAGCAUCUUUAUCUUUUAAUUUAUUCAUUAGUUUUAUUCAGUGAAUUACUAAGUGAUCUUAAAAACCAAUUAAAACAAAAUGAGUUCUUCAAGAAACAUUAACAUUCUCUCGACAAACCUGAUUAAGCCUGCUGAUCCGGUUGAAGUGCAUGAUGAAACAAGCCUGACGAGUUCUAUCACCAUAGAUCCGCAAUUAAUAAGUGACAUUGCUUUUAACGACAUCGACAUUAAGAUGCAUUUGGAAGAGGACUCGUCUGAUGCCUUUACCACCCAACCACCAUCGAAAAAGGGUAAAGGUCGAGGAAAAGGAAAAGGAAAAGGAAAGCAGUUAUACGAAAGGUCCUCUUCGAGGAAAAGGAAAAGGAAAGCAGUUAUACGAAAGGUCCUCUUCGACGUGCCGUGCCGUGUCGCCAUCUCCCUCAUCAACGUUUUCACUGAUUGAUGAGGAUGAGACGAUGGAGAUGGAUACGGAGGUAGACAGAAUGGCAACGGAUUUUAAAAACCAAAUCUGUAAUAAAUUCAAAAAUGUUGUGAAACAAAAUUUAUUAAUUGAA